GCAGGCUGCAAAAGCAUGGCAGCUGGUGAAACUGCGGUACUGUCCUCGCCUUUGAAAACAGACGUAGCCCACGUCUGUGAAACUGCAGAAACGGGCGCAGCAAUGGCCAGGAAGUCCGUAUCCGCAGCUGCGGCCGCGGCGAUUGUGGCUUCGGCCGGACCCGGAUGCGAAAGUCGGGUCUCCAAGUCCGCUUUGGCGACUAAGCUGCUGUCGCUCAGCGGCGUGUUCGCAGUGCACAAGCCCAGAGGGCCCACUUCAGCCGAGCUGCUGAAUCGGUUGAAGGAGAAGCUGCUAGCAGAAGCUGGUAUGCCUUCUUCAGAAUGGACCAAGAGGAAAAAACAGACUUUGAAAAUUGGGCAUGGGGGAACGCUAGACAGUGCAGCCCGAGGCAUUCUGGUCAUUGGAAUUGGAAGGGGAACAAAAAUGUUGAGCAGUAUGUUGUCAGGGUCCAAGAGGUACAUUGCCAUUGGAGAGCUGGGGAAAGCCACCGACACACUAGAUUCUACGGGGAAGGUGACGGACGAAAAACCUUAUGAUAAAAUAACACAAGAGGAUAUUGAAGGCAUUCUAAGGAAAUUUACUGGGAACAUAAUGCAGAUACCUCCCCUCUAUUCCGCAUUAAAGAAAGAUGGCCAGAGACUUUCAGCUUUAAUGAAGAGAGGUAAAGUAGUAGAAGCCAAGCCUGCCAGGCCAGUCACUGUAUACAGCAUCUCCCUUGAAAAAUUCCAGCCACCAUUUUUCACAAUAGCCAUUUACCUCGUCACUGUUAACAUUCCAGAUGUUGAAUGUGGAGGAGGCUUUUAUAUCAGAAGCUUGGUCAGUGACAUUGGCAAAGAGCUCUCUUCCUGUGCGAGUGUGCUAGAGCUGACCCGCACGAAGCAGGGGCCAUUUACACUGGAAGAACAUGCCCUUCCGGAGGACAAGUGGACUAUUGAUGACAUCGCACAGUGUCUUGAGCGCUGCUCUGCUCUUUUCCCAGCUGAGCUGGCACUUAAGAAGUCAAAACCUGAAGAGUCAAAUGCGCAGGGUUUGAGCUGUGAAUGCGUAGCUCUCAAUGAGACAAAGGAGGAAGGUGAUGUAAUUAAGACAGUUUGAGAUCGGUCUGGAGGAUCGUUUCCUGGUUGACAUUUGAAUGGGGCCUGUGUACAGAUACGGAAUGACAAGCUGUGUGCAAAAGUCAGAAAAAUAUUUUUUUCUUUUUGUAUGAAGAAAACAAAACAGCCCUUAGUUUCUACAGGAUACAAUGUAUUUACAUUAUAUAUGGCCUUGCAAUCGUUCAGUUCUUUAGAGUUGUUUUUAUCUUAAAAUGUGAAUUUGAUUAGAUUCAGGAAAAUUAAUUUUCUGAAUUUGAUCUUGCUUCAAUCUUUUCCUGUGAAAAAGUUGAACAAAUUUUCUAAUGGAAGAAAAAUAUGAGUUACAUUUUUUUUUCUACAAAAGUAAUUAUAAUGUAGUAUUACUUUUAUUUAGGCCUUUAGCUCCAUUGUUUUGAAGUUUUUCAACUAUGAAAUAGCCAUUAUUGAAUUCUUUCUUGUAUUUUGUUUAUUAGUACUAAAACACUUUGCUGAAAUGACUGCACUCAUCUAAUAAUGGCUGCAUUUAGAUCUUGGAAAUGAAUAAAGUUUUCUGGGAAGUAUUUUUAAAUGAACGAAAUUACCCUGCUACCACUAGCAGGAUGUAAGUAGAAAGAUAAAAGUCAUGAGUUAAUUAAUUUCAUCUCUGCUUUGCCGUCAGAACAGAAGGCAGCUCUUUCGCAUUGUAUUUUGGCAACCAUGAGAUAUUUUCUUGGUGAUUACAUUAACAUAGUAAACUACUUUGUACCAAAUUACUAAAUAACAUAAUUUUUACUUAAACUAAAACGAAUAUAUCUUUAAAAUUUUCAUUUUUUACCAUUUACUUAUCUCAUU